AUGAGUUGCAAGCUUCUUCUUUCCGGCGACCGGAAUAACUUCACGACCCUUGCCCUUGACUUCGACAGAAAAAAGCUGAGCAUACUUGCGGAUUACCCGGCACCUUGCAAUGCUUCCUGGAUUGAAAGAUCAUCUUCACAAUGGAGCGUUGAUCAUCUCGUUGGCCUAUCAGAGGGUAUUGAGGCCGGGCUCUUGUACAGUUUUGACAUCGACCACGCGCAGGAAACGUGUAAAAUUACCAGUCAGCAAGCCACCCUGGGCGCACCUGGUCACUUCAUAACAGUUCGAGAUGGUUCUGCACUUGCGCUCGGAACGUACCUUGGUGGCUCCGUUGCACUGUAUCCCAUCUCCACCGACAAGACGGGCAAACUAUUGCUCAAAGAUGCGCCGCGAUGCGAGAUCCUGCCAGAAUUCCCAUACAAGUCGGAAGGACAUGGUCCAAAUCAUGUCCGACAGCGCCAAUGCCAUAUACACCAAGUACUCGAAGACAGCCGCGGCCUGUUGUACGCUCCAGACUUGGGAUCGGACCGGGUGUGGAUCUUUCGCCGCGACGGCCUGAAGCUGGAUCUGUGCGGCUGGCUGCAGUGCCCUCCUGGCACCGGCGCUCGACAUGCCGUACUGACACCUGAUGAGAGGAUUAUGUACGUGAUCGGCGAGCUGUCGCACACAGUCGUUGCAUUCGAUCUGUCCAACGCUCCCACCAACGGCAUAUUACCUAUUGAUGGCUUUGCACCUAACGUGAUUCCUCCAACCGUUCGUCCCCACCAUCAAUUCAUGAUGGAUUCCGCCGAGAUAUGUCUUCACCCAAUUAUUCGGAACGUGCUCUAUGUUAGCAACAGGUGGGAAAGACAGAUUGCGCAACGUGAGCCUCAUCUCAAAGAUGUCCCAAAGGAGCUACCGCCGGGAGAUGACGUUGCGAUUAUUUUGCUCUCAGAGGAUGGCAGGAAGGCCAGGGAGGUGAAACAUGUCCGAACCAAUGUAGAUGUCAUUCGCGGCAUGCGGCUCAGCGAUGAUGGCAAAUAUGUUGCUGUGGUUGGGCAGGAGGGUGGCGGAGUCGAGGUCUACGAGAUUAGUGGAGAGAAUGGAGACGUGUGGGCACUUGUAGCAGGGCUUGAAGAGGGAUUGGAGUCAGGCAUAAAGCAUGUUAUCUGGCUGUAG